AUGCCGCCCGGGCUGCGCCGCUUCCCUCGAGUCGCUGCUUUCUCCUCACUUUCUUCCUCCAACUCCGUUCCCAUCCUGUGGAGGCCCGCCGUCGGUGGGAAUGAAGGUCGCGUCGCCGCUGGGGAUGAUCUGAUCACUGUACAGGUCCUCUCGUGGGGACGGGGCAGCUCGGGGCAGUUGGGCGGCGGCAAGGAGGAGAUCCGCUUCUACCCGAACCCUGUUUCUUCCCUUCUCCUUCCCAAGAACUUCCGCCUCGGCCCAGUUUCCGGCCGCCUCUCUGGCGCUGGGCCCCCGCCGCUGGAGAGGAGUAAGGGCGAUGAUGGGUCUCUCGAAGUGGGGAUAUCCUGUGGCCUUUUCCACUCGGGGUUGCUGGUGGAGGGGAAGUUGUGGAUGUGGGGCAAAGGGGACGGGGGUCGGCUCGGCCUCGGGAACGAGGUCUCCGUCUUCCAGCCCACGCUGAACCCCAAUCUGGGUGAUAUACGUAGCGUCGCCCUCGGGGGGCUCCACUCGACGGCGCUUUUGCGGUGUGGUGAUAUCUUUACGUGGUCAGUUGGGCUCUGCUUCCUUGUCGAUGUGUCAGUUGCAUUUUGGCAUCAGUUCAUUCAGUCAAACAUUUCUCAAAUAAUAGCUUCUUGUUCUCACUCGGAGCAUAAGAUUAUGUAGAAUAUAAACAUCAGGGGUCUCGGUGUUGCCGUUUAGCACAGAAAAAUGUGGAAUAAGAAAAUUGAUAAUUUUGUCUGAAAUGUUCGUUCUUUUAGUCGUUGAGGAUGCCUUCUUAGGUUAUUGGUUACUAGUUCUGUUUACAUUUAAAUUUCUCCUGUGCCUUCAACAUCCGGUACCUUGGCUGAAGCCUGCAGGGGCUAUGGCGGAUUUGGGGCUCUGGGGCACUCUGUUUACAGCAGGGAACUGUUGCCAAGGCGUGUCAUUGGUCCAUGGCACGAAAGUAUUUCCCAGCUUGCUACAAGUGGAGCGCACACUGCAGCAGUUUCUGAUUCAGGUUGGCUUUUUGAAGGGGAAUAAGAUAGGACGAAAAAUAAGAAAAAUAGACUUUCAUAUGAUCGGCUGUGAUUUUGAAAAAAAAAGAUUGUCAUCUGUAUGGGUUGUUUCUCACUUUUGGUUUCGGGUUAUCAUGAUGUGAUUUUGACGUUUGUUCUUUUGCGUUUCCAGAUUUACUUUAUGAAUAGAGGUGCCUUCCGAAUCUGUGCGGAUACUUUCAAAGAUAUUCCAUGAUAAUGCUGGUUUGCUUUUCAUCUAAAUGAACAAUAUCAGAAUAAAUGCUUAAAUAUCUGAUAGCAGAAGCUGAAUGCACCCAAUUUUUUAUUAUUUCAUAAUUUUUUUUCCUUGGGGAAAUGGGUUGACUGUAGGAAUCUAGUUCUAUAUUUGCCCAAUUCUUUGUCUUGUCCGUCUAACUGACACUUGGGUUGGCUGUGAAUUGAUAUGCUUUGCUCUUACAUUUUUUUCAUGAGUUAUGUAUUGGCCUAGAUGUCUGCAUUUGAUACAGCUUGUUUUUCAUAUGAUUUAUGAAAAGUUAGUCGCCAACUACAGAAGCAUGAGACAGUCUAAACAAUGAAAUAUUGUGAAUCUUAAUGUGAAAGCCAUGCCUUUAUUAAGCUACCACUUUUAAUGGCCGAGAAUUCAAGUAGUCCUUUGCUUGCUGGACAUAUCGCUAUUAGGGGAAUUCUAUUGCUUUGUAGAAUGUUUUCAUUUUUUUCCUUUUAUUCAGGAAUUUCAAUGGGAAUCAGAUAAACUCCCUUGAGGACUAUGCCUGAUUCAACCAAAACAGCUGAUUCAUUUCAAACCUACUAUGGAACUUAAGGCUUGUAAUAACCUUUCAUGUCUGACACCCUUUUGAGACCUAUGAGAUUGAUCCGUCUUAAAUCUGUGGGAACACUCACUGCACUUUUGUGGGUGAAGUCAGCCUUGUAUAUCCUUUUAGUGUCAUGGAGUUAAUCUCCCCCACUGCUACAUCUCUUCUGGUUAAAAUGUUUGUAUCAAUAGCUGUUACCGUGCCUUCUGAGUGACGAACUUUCUGAUGCAUGCUCUCUUCCACCUGCAUUAAAUGAAAAAGAACAAACAGGCUUUGCUAUGCUCAUAAUUCUAUCUCAUGAUUUAUCUAGACUAUCUGUAUCCGUUUCAGGACCUCUCCACUUUCCUCUCUUUCAGUUGCUAUUGCAUUUCUGAACUUUUUUGCUGGAUUGGAUUCCUUGAUGUUGUGUUUACUAUGCUUAUUUAAAACUCGGUUAUGUCUUCAUUCAUCAAUGCUUUUCAUCACUUGACUCCACUGGUUCGACAAUCUGCCAAUGAACCUUUUCAGGGGAACUUUUUACUUGGGGUCGAGAUGAAGGUGAAGGCAGACUGGGCCUUGGUCCUGGAGGUGGCCCUGGUGAGGCUGGUUCAUUUAGCACCCCCUCAAAAGUGGGUGCUCUACCUGUGCCUGUUGCAGCAGUAUCUUGUGGUGGUUUUUUCACAAUGGCACUAUCCUCCGAGGGGAAGCUUUGGAGUUGGGGAGGUGUGACGUCUUCUUUAUCCAAUGUUUAGCUGAUCCUUUUUUUUUAUGUUGGAAAAGAUGGCCCAGUUGCUAGUAUGAAUCGAAUGAAAAAUAACAUGUACAAUUGAUAUGAUGUAGCAAUUGAUGAAUGCUGGAUGCUUUAAUAGAUAUCAAUCUGCCUUUGUCUUUAUUAUCUUAUGUACGUUGGACUUUAGGAAAUAUCCAAUUUUGAGCAUAAUUUGAGGAACCAGAGACUGCAAUCUGAAGUAACAAUUGUUUGACUAAACUAUAAUUGCCCUUUUUCCUUCUUGUACUACUUUUAAUAACAGUGAAAAUAACAGACCACAUGAGAAGCCAGGAUUGGAAAUUACUAAUCCAGAUAAUGGAUGCAGGCCUAUGUAGAAUCUCUGUACAACAAUACAGAAAUCAGUUGCAUUGUUCGUGCCCUAUUGACAUCAUAGAUGACAACCAAUUACUAGUGAACAUAAUGGCGUUUGAGAUGACUCAUGUAAUGUUUUAUGUGGUCACCAGUUUAAAGCCAAAAAAUGGCUUGUACACGACUUACAGCAACAGAUUAUUUUGUGUUUGCAAGGAGUUCACAGUAGAGGUUACGUCGAAAUCCCCAACAUCAAUGAUACAAUGAGGCCCUAAGGUGGCUCUAAGCAAUUACAGGCCUUAAAGUGGCAGAGUCAAUCAUUAAUAACCUGCUUACUGAAAUAACCAUGGAGUCAGACGUUUUGACAUUCUUCCCUUUUCUUUGAUUAGCUUGGACAACCAUAAUAGUCACAAAAUAUAGUAGUGCCUAAAAUAAAUCUUUCCUUUCAUUUUGCAUUGCUCUAGUAUUCAUCUGCUUUUGUAUUUUAUGAAAAUCAAUUCAAGUUUUUUUUCUUUAACGCAGAAUACUCGGUUUAUUGCUUAUGUAUAAAGUUUUUGCAGUUUUUUUCACUCUUUUACUGUAGUGAAAUAUCAGAUUGUAUAACAGCCAUCUCUUUUUCCCUUUAUUAAUGCAGCAAAUUCGAAUUAUGAGCUUGGUAGGGGUAAUAAUGUUAGUGAUUGGAGGCCUAAACAAAUCUCUAGUCUUCAAGAUGUUAAUAUAAUCCAGGUAGCAUGCGGUGGUUAUCAUUCCUUAGCAUUGACAGGUAAAAUGCUUGCAUUCGGGUAUUUCUCCAUUCAGUGGUAAUAUACAACAUUUUUUUUUCUUUGUAAUAUUUUUUUUUGAAAUCCAUUACUACCUGCUGAAUUCAUGCCUAAAUUUUGUAAAUAUGUCCAGAUAGAGGUGAGGUUCUUUCAUGGGGCCAUGGCGGACAUGGUCAAUUGGGUCAUCAGUCAACUCAAAAUCAGAAAGUUCCUCACUUGAUUGAAUCAUUGGCCAAAGAGAAAGUUGUCUAUGUUGCAUGUGGUGGUUCUUCCUCUGCUGCCAUCACGGGUAAGUAUGACAUUCCGUAUGAAAUCAGCUGUGAUUGCACCUGGACUUGUAUAAACCUUUUGCAUAUUUUGUUCUCUUUAGAUGAAUUCAUCCUUUUAGUGUCUGAGAAAUGGAAACUAUUGAUACAUUGGGAAAAAAACCUUUUUAUGGUACAGUUUUUUUUAUUGUGAUGAUAAUUUAGUUCGGAAAUCUAUGUAGGAUUGAUGCACAAAGAUACUUUUUGUGCCAAGAAUAUUGGCUGAUAAAGGCCUGAAUUCAUAAUUUCUUUAUUAGCUCAUUUAUUUGUUUUACUCUGGUCUAGCAGUAGUUUUCUCAUUUAAACUUUUAUAAAAGCUUCUUUUGGUCAACUUCCUUCCCUAAACUAAAGUCCAGUUUUAGUCCAUAGUCGCGGUAUUAAGAAAUAUGGUUGUUAUUGACAGUGGAUUGUUCUGAAAAUUCAUUAAAUACAGUACGAAAGAGGAGGAUCCAAUAACAUGAUACAUGAUCUCUUAAAGAAAUCCUCUAUAGGAUAUCGCUGUCGUCUGCACCAGGUGUAGACAAUUCUAUGACCCAACCACCUAAAGAUUAAGGAAUAAUUUCCUUCAUCAUUGCAAAAAUGUGAAGUCCAGUGUCUGAAAAUGGGGAUACUGAUCUAACUCUUUCUGAACCAAUUACCUGUAGCUUCCAAAGCUCAGUUGGUUUUCUAUGUUAAUCAGUUUUGUUAAAUAUAUGUAAUCUAUUGUAUAUAUGCUCUUACCAAACAACUUAUGUUGCGCAUGAGAAAAAAAUUCUACUAUCAUUUUGUAUUUGUUGCUUGUUGUUUAUAGAGAUCUUGAAGAUGGAGCCAGCUAUGCUGGCUAAUGAAGGGCUGCGUGAAUACCAACGAUGAAUCCACACAACUCAGACCAUUCCUUUCCUCGAUCAAAGCAUAUACAUAUAUAUAUAUAUAUAUAUAUAUAUAUGUCUAGGCUAAGUGGAGUCUCAGACAGAGAUAUUAAUGAUUUGCAAACGAAGAAAUGAGAUGGUAGUAGGUAUGAGGGGACGAUCUGCUCCAUUAUUCAACAAAAAAAUAAGGUUGAUCGUGACGUCUUAUCUUACCAAUAGAACAGAUUCUAGUUGAUGUUUCCUUUUGGACAUAAAUUCAGAUAGAUUCAAGGCAUUGCCUAUGAUUGUCACCCAAUGAUAACAUAUUUUAAAUCCGAUAGGUAUUUUUUAUUUAUUUUAAAAUUUACUAACCUGUUGUCAUAAUAUUGAAAUAAUGGUGGAGACUGAUUAUAUUAUGCCUUUUCCUUUCCCAAAAUGAAGCAUGUGAAAUAUAAAUCAUUAAUCUAUGCAAAUUAGUCCUUUUAUUUUUGUCUGUCUUUUAAGUACUUACACAUUUGAAGGAAUGGGCAUUCCAGACACGGGGAAGCUGUACAUGUGGGGAAAUGCCAGAGACUGCCAGCUCGGCAUUCCAGGACUGCCUGACGUGCAACCUUUGCCCCUUGAAGUGAAGUUCCUCUGGGAAGACGAGGAUCUUGGCCCUCACCGCGUGCUUCAAGUUGCUGUUGGCGCAUCCCAUGCUAUGUGCUUGGUGUUGCGACAACAGCAAGCUAGAGAAUCAGGUGCCUCCUGA